AUGGAGCAACCGAUGAAGGAACAAAUCGAAAAGAGAAAAAAUGAAAAAGAUAAGGAAAAAGCUGCCAAAGAAAAGGAUAAAAAGCAACAACAACAACAACAGCAACAGCAAAAUGGAGGAGUAUUGAGACGAUUUGGAUUUGGUAAGUUGACCUCAUAUGAUCCAGAAUACAAUUUAUCUUGAAAACUUUUUCAUAGAAGCUUCCAUUUUCAGUUCUUGCAAAUGACAAAUCCGAACAAGGAAGUACACAAAAAAAGAAAAAGAAGAAAGCAAAAGCAAGUGCUCGAAUAAUUCGUCGUUCUUCUACAGCUACACGCGAUACAAAAGUGCAUUUUGUUUUCCAAAAACCACAUGGAACAAUUCCAUUGAAAGGCGAAAAAAUGACAGAUCUUCAAAAAUCAGUGUUUCAUAAAUUCGCUCAAGAAAAUGUGAAACGUGGACCAAUGGAAUUAUCAAUCGAUUUCAUGACAAAAGUAAAACCAUACGUUGGACAACCAAUGAAACGAGAAAUAUUUGAUGCACAUUCAACAAAGAAUCGAUAUAAAGAUGUAAUUUGUAAUGAUAUAACAAGAGUUGCAAUAAAUGAUGGAAAAGAGGAUAGUUUAGGUGAUUAUAUACAUGCAAAUUGGGUAAAUGGUUUGAAUUCUCCAUUUAUUUUAACACAAGGCCCUUUGGAUCGAACUGUUGUUGAUUUUUGGAGAAUGAUUGUUCAUACAAAAACAUCAUAUAUUGUUAUGUUAUGUGAAGUUAUGGAAGAUGGAAAACCAAAAUGUAAUCAAUAUUGGCCGGAUAAACCUGGUAAUUCUGUAACUGUUGGAGAAUUUACAAUAAGUUGUAAAAAUGCAGAAGAUAAAGAUGAACAUGUUAUCAAAUCAGUUUUGACAGUCAAAAACAAAUCAGGAGAAGAGCAUACACUCAGACAUUUGCACACGAAAUCAUGGUUAGUUUUUUCUUCUUUUUUGAAAACUUUCAGAAUUUGAAAUAUUUUUCAGGCCAGAUAAAUUUGUUCCAAAUUCAUUUUUGGCACUUCUUCGAAUGCUCUAUAUAGUUCGAAGCAGUACUGGACCUGUUUGUGUCCAUUGUUCUGCUGGAAUUGGAAGAACUGGCACAUUUGUGGCAAUCGAAGCUUGUCUACAAACUUUGACUGAUGAAAAAGAGCUUGAUUUGAUUGCAACAAUCAAAGCAUUGAGAAGUUAGUCUAUAAUUUAUUUUGAAGUUCUAGUAUUAUUAUGAAUAAUUUGCAGAUAGUCGAUUGGGUAGUGUUCAAGUUGAUGUUCAAUAUAUGACUCUUAUUCAACUUCUUUUGAAUUAUGGUAAAGAUAAUGGAUUCUGGGAUGAUUCCGAUCUUGAUGAUCGAAUUGAAUUUCUAACUUGGAAUAUAACACAGUUUGUACAAACUCGUGCUCCAGUGAAAAAUAAAGAAGCUCAUAAAGAAAAAGAGAAAGAAAAGGAGAAUGAAAAAGAUAAGGAAAAGAAGGAUGAAUCGGAAGACGAAGAAAAAGAGGAAAAGGUUCAACCAACACAAAUGGUAAUUCUUGAUGAUAAAAAAACCGAUGAAACAAUAGGAACCAAAGAAAAUAUCACACCUGCUCAUUCAAAAGAUGUUGUUGUUGCUGAAAAUCCUAGUAAAAUGGGAGAAGUGGUUAGUUUUCAGUGGAACAAAAUGAUAGAAGAAUGAAAAAAUAUUGUAUUUUCAGAAAACUGCAUGUUAUCCACCUCUAUCUGUGUCUAUUCCGACAGCUCCAACACCAAUUCCUAAUAAAAAUGCAAGUCGUUACAAUACAACAACAACAAAUAAUGGAAAGUUGUAUGAUACCAAGAUGGAACAAAGUCAAUAUCUUGGAUGA